AUGGCACCUUCACCUCCAGACAACGACCCAGAAAUGCUCCAAAUCAACAACACAACUCCCCAGCAUAUAAUAACCCGCAUAAACGCAGCCUACGACUGGACCGGCCCCAACGACCCAGACAAUCCACGCAACUUCUCAACCACCGCCAAAGUCCUCAGCAUCGCUUCCAUCGCUUCCUUAGCAUGGGCAUCUUGCUUUGCUGGCGCAAUCUACGCCCCUGCUCAAGAAGCCGUGGGGCAGGAGUUCCACCAGGGGAGGUUAGCUGCUGUUCUGCCUCUUUCGCUGUAUAACCUCGGCAUGGCGUGCGGUCCGCUCGUUGGUGCGCCUUUGUCUGAGACUUAUGGGAGGAAGACGGUGUAUGUUGCUACAACGCCCAUCUUUUUAGCUUUUCUCCUUGGAUCUGGUUUUGCAGAGGGCAUUGUUAGUUUGUCUGUUUGUCGUUUCUUCGCGGGGAUGUUUGCCUCGCCUAAUGUGAACAAUACCUCUGCUACGAUCAUGGACUACUGCGCACCUCAGUACCGCGGUGCGAGUCUUGGUAUAUACUACUCUAUCCCAUCGCUCGGCGCGGCUAUUGGGCCUCUUGUUGGAGGAUUUGUUCAGAGAUCUUUGGGGUGGCGGUGGACGCAGUGGAUUGCUGUGGUAGUGACUUGUGCUCUAUACAUCCCGGUCCUUUUCACCAGGGAGACAUAUAAAAAGGUUGUUUUACAUCGUCGAGCAAUCAAAAUGGGUCUUGGGGAUAGUUCGUCUCAGCAAACAUCCGUGGCUAGAACGAUCCGGCACUUUUUCACAGUUCUUAUCCUGCGACCGCUUCAUAUGCUUUUCACGGAACCAAUCGUCACUCUGGUCAGUCUGUACAACGGUUUCAUCUUUGGGCUUCUAUAUACAUUCAUCAUAUCCGUUCCCUGGAUCUUCAGAACUUACUUCAGCUUCAGCAAAACGGGCGAGUCACUUUCAUAUUUGGGAAUUACUCUCGGUACCCUUCUUGCUUGCGCUCCCUUUGUCCUAAUCGACUUCUCCGACUACCAAAAACGACUUCUCCGAUGGAAUCAAUCUCAUAGCAACGAACCACUACCGCCAGAACAUCGUCUAAUCUCUGCCAUGAUCGGCAGUAUUCUCCUUCCCGUCAGCCUCCUCAUAGCCGGAUGGACAGCUGAAUACCAAAUCCACUGGUUUCUACCCAUAUUCUUCCAGGGUAUGACGAUGCUAGCCUGUCUUCUGAUCUAUGCCGGCGUGAAUCUGUUCAUGCUGGAUGCGUAUGGUCCUCUUUACGGUGCUUCAGCGUCUGGGGCGAUGAUGUUGAGUAGAUACUCUUUGAGUUUUGCGUUUCCGAUGUUCGCAUUGCAAAUGUUUGAAUCGCUUGGUGCCGGCUGGGCGACGACUGUUCUUGCUGGUUGUACGGUUUUGAUGGCUCCCAUACCUUGGUGUUUCUUUGUCUUUGGUGAGAGGAUCAGAGCAAGGAGUAGAUAUGAGACAAGCUCAUGA